CGGCGACGGCGCGUGGGGCGGCGCGUGUUGACAGCGGCGGCGGCGGCGGAUCCCGGCGGGCGAGGGGAGUCGGCGUCUCUGGUUCCUGCCCCUGGUCCCGAGGCGGUGGUGGACGGGCGUUCCGGGAUGGCCUUCAUGGAGAAGCCGCCGGCCGGCAAGGUCCUGCUGGACGACACGGUGCCGCUGACAGCAGCCAUCGAGGCGAGCCAGAGCCUGCAGUCCCACACGGAAUAUAUCAUUCGGGUACAAAGAGGAAUUUCUGUAGAAAAUAGCUGGCAGAUUGUUAGGAGAUACAGUGACUUUGAUUUGCUGAACAACAGCUUGCAGAUUGCAGGCCUAAGUCUACCUCUUCCUCCCAAAAAAUUGAUUGGUAACAUGGAUCGUGAGUUCAUAGCUGAGAGGCAGAAAGGUCUUCAGAACUAUCUCAACGUUAUCACCACAAAUCAUAUCUUGUCUAAUUGUGAGCUGGUUAAGAAGUUUUUAGAUCCAAACAACUAUUCUGCAAGCUAUACUGAGAUUGCCUUACAACAGGUUUCCAUGUUCUUCCGAUCAGAACCAAAGUGGGAGGUGGUGGAACCAUUGAAAGACAUAGGUUGGAGGAUAAGGAAGAAAUAUUUCUUGAUGAAGAUUAAAAAUCAGCCAAAGGAACGGCUAGUGUUAAGCUGGGCUGACCUUGGUCCUGACAAGUAUCUGUCAGAUAAAGAUUUUCAGUGUCUAAUCAAACUUCUGCCGUCCUGUUUGCACCCUUUCAUCUAUCGUGUUACCUUUGCCACAGCUAACGAAUCCUCAGCAUUGCUAAUUAGAAUGUUUAAUGAAAAAGGAACUUUGAAGGACCUGAUCUACAAGGCAAAACCAAAAGACCCAUUCCUAAGGAAGUACUGCAACCCUAAGAAGAUUCAAGGCCUUGAACUCCAGCAAAUAAAAACAUAUGGGCGGCAAAUAUUAGAGGUACUGAAGUUUCUCCAUGACAAGGGAUUCCCUUAUGGGCAUCUUCAUGCUUCCAACGUGAUGCUGGAAGGGGACACUUGCCGGCUGCUGGACCUUGAGAAUUCCUUGUUGGGCCUUCCUUCCUUCUACCGAUCUUAUUUCUCACAAUUCAGGAAAAUCAAUACAUUGGAGAGUGUGGACGUCCACUGCUUUGGCCACUUACUGUAUGAAAUGACUUACGGACGACCGCCAGACUCAGUGCCUGUAGACUCCUUCCCUCCUGCACCGUCUAUGGCUGUGGUGGCCGUGUUGGAGUCUACGCUGUCUUGUGAAGCCUGUAAAAAUGGCAUGCCCACCGUCUCCCGGCUCUUACAGAUGCCAUUAUUCAGUGAUGUUCUGCUAACUACUUCCGAAAAGCCACAGUUUAAGAUCCCCACAAAGUUAAAAGAGGCAUUGAGAAUUGCCAAAGAAUGUAUAGAAAAGAGGCUAAUUGAAGAACAGAAACAGAUCCACCAGCAUCGAAGACUGACGAGAGCUCAGUCUCACCAUGGAUCCGAAGAAGAAAGAAAAAAGAGGAAGAUCUUAGCUCGAAAGAAGUCAAAACGAUCUGCUGUUGAAAAUAGUGAAGAGCAUUCAGCAAAAUACAGCAACUCCAAUAAUUCAGGAUCUGGGGCCAGCUCACCUCUCACAUCCCCGUCAUCGCCGACUCCACCCUCCACAGCAGAGCAUGCACCAUUUUGAACGUGAAUUUUCGCUGCCUUAGGUUUGGGUAAAGAUGUAAAAGAAGGUAAGUGGUUUUCUAUGAAAUACAGUGCUUUAACCAUUGCCUAUCACAGUUGGUAAAAAGGUUGCACUUACUGAAGUAUUUUAUCGAUGAUCCUGACCACUCAUCCAUAUAAACUCAAGUAGCGGUUGGUAUGUUUACCUAGUAUCACCACAGCUCAGUAGCAGUUUGAGGGAGGUGGUAGGGGAGCCAUCUAGCAGAAUGUCUUCUGUGGUAGCACUGGGAUGGGGUAGAGGGUAAGACUAGAAAGAGAUGUGGAGUCACAGGGAGCUGCAAGGGUCACAGGAAAUGGGGCAACUGUGACACAGGCAAGUUCUUUAAAGCAGGGCAUUUUUUUUUUUUUGUGGCCAUGCCACAUGGCCCGCGGGCUCUUAAUUGCGGCAUGCAGGAUCUUAGUUCCCCGGACCAGGGAUCAAACCCACGCCCCCUGCACUGGAAGCACGGAGUCUUAACCACUGGACAGCCAGGGAAGUCCCAGCAGGGUUUUUUCUGUACCUAGUGUUUAUUUUGUCCCAAGAGGACAAUUCAUUCAUUGAUUCAGAACUAUAAAAUUCGAGCACCCAAUGUUCGUGUUUCUGAAAGCUAAGGGAGGUUUCAGAUACCUGUCCAGUUUCCUUCUCCUUGCCCACCAGGGUAGAGCUUGGCAUUCCAGUCUCCCCUGACACUUCAGCAAAGACGUAGGGUUAGGGCAUUUCCCUCCUGUCCCUGGGUUGCACCACAGUGGAAACACGGGUGCUUGAGGAAGAUUCCUCCUUGAGAAUACCAUUGCUGGAGAGAGAAAGCCCUCUGCGCCUUGCUGUGCAUUGCUAAUAUUAGCGUUUUAUGUUUUUUUCGUGCAACCUAAUAGGAAAUGAUUAUUCAAGACGGAUGCCCCUGGAGAGCCCAUAACCCAGCAGACAAUGGUUACUUGCCGAGAAUCCUAAGUGAUUUGUCAUUUUAUGUUAAAUCACGUCCUUCAAAUAUUGUGUGUGUUGGAGCAGCUAAAGAACCGUUCAUCCCUUACUAGUAAUUGAUAUUACAGUAGCCCAGCUCUAUGCAUACAGAUGUCUAUCUUUAAUUGCUAGCUCAGGAAUAGGUGGAGCUGCCUGGAACCUGGAAAAAGUAGCUAAUGGAACUUUUCUUUUGGGACCAUGAUUAAAGUUUGGAAGUGGAAGUAGAGCCUCAUCUAUGCAGAGAAUGUCACUAUGUAUAGUUUCAUGUAAUCUGUGAUAUUUGUUCAGUCUUUUCUCACAUGACUGUUACUUGGGAGAAAUGGCCACUUUUAAUUAAUUCCCCUUUAAUGCUUCUACGUUUCAAGUAUUUUAAAAACAUCACACAGUACAAGGUGUGUUGGCCCGUUUGAGGGAAAACACUUGCAGUCUCACCGAAGUCCUUUCUGCCCAGGACUGAGCAGUAGCACGGGUACUGGGUGUGUGGAGAUACUGACUGUGCCCUUUCCU